AUGAGUAAAGUCGAGGAUCUAAUCAUAGCUGAAAGAAACCUUGAGAAUAUUUCUUCAGGUAGCUCGGGCGGCACGGUACCUCAGCAAAACCAUAUAGCUCCACACAACUCCAGAAGAUCUUCCUGGCAGCAUAUUUUUUUUAUAGUGAUGUUUUUUGUCUUCACCACUUGCAACACCAUGUACUUUGUGGGUCCAGUCUGUCACUUGUCGCCAAUGUUUUCUAAGUUUUACAUUGAAAAGACUUCAAACGAUUCCUGGUCAAAUGCCACUUCAACAAUCAUGAGCCUGUUUGAAUACUUUUAUCCUGGAUCAAUGGACGAGCUUCGAAAGCUACUGUCGAACAAAACCACCAGAGAUGGGUUAAGUUAUCGAUUUUACUUUGCCCACAUGUGCACCAACACUCUGUGUCUACCGGGAGAUUCAUUCCACCUUGGAGUGACUCCUAACAUUUUGGCGUUGAAUUUGGUAGGAUCAGGGGAAGUAAAUAAAAAGUUUGUGCAACAGUGGACCCAAAUGUAUCAGGAGGCACUCGAUAAAGCGGUAGCUGUGAUCAGACGUCUUGAGCAGAACGGUACGGAUCACGACACAAAGGUGGCUCAGCUAGUCAAAAGCUUGCAAUCAGAAAUUUAUUACGAUGGGCUUGGCCCAUCGAUCAUUACCUAUGUGUUGUUGCUGCUCACCAUAAUCCCGUUUGUGAUAACUUUGGUACUCAACAGUGUAAAAGCAGCAGUUAUCUGCACCUUAGUGACCCCUACGUUGAUACUUGUCACAGCAAUCUUAGCCAUAAUUGACUUGCCAAUGCCUUACAUACCCGCCGUUUUUGAGGCAAAUGGUAUCCAUAUCCUCCGAGGUGGAAUCGUCUACUGUUACGCUGGCCAGGUGCUUGUUGCAAUCGUAUACACAUUUUCUGGGUGGCUUCUAGCCACAAGUCUUGAGGAACCUUGA